GGUUUAUCAAAAUCAUUCUGAGAUGAAGGCGGAAGGCGCUUUUUACCUUUGCAUAUUCCUUUUAUUAUCUAAGGAAACAACAGUGUAUGCAAAUGAAGGUUGGUUUUUGCACGUAACCGAUUUCCACUGGGAUUAUACCUACGGCACGCAGGAUUGGUCAUGCAAUGAUAACGUCAACAAUCAUGGUCUGUAUGGUGAUUACUGGUGCGACUCUCCGUGGACGCUUAUAAAAUCCGCUGUGGAAGCAAUGAAAAAUGCAACUAAAGAAGGACAAGCAGAUUUUAUACUAUGGACUGGCGAUAAUGUCUUGCAUGUUGGGAAUGACAAAGUAAAUUUGGACAUUCAUGACCAGAUCCUUGGAAACCUGACAGAUUUACUGCAGAACUCCUUUCCGACAGUUCCGGUGUAUGCAACGUAUGGUAACCAUGACUACUAUCCACACAACCAAUUUCCGCCACAUAAUAACGAACUCUAUAAUCGUACACUAGCACAAUGGAAAAGUUGGAUCAACGACGUACAACAGGAGGAUAAUUUCAGGAAAGGUGCCUACUAUACAGUUAAGGCUUCCUCGGGAAUACGGAUCCUGGCUCUAAACACGAAUUUAUACUACACCUCUGACAAAAUCACAGCUGGUAUUCCAGACCCUGCUGAUCAGUUCGCCUGGAUGGAAGAAGUUCUCAAUACCUCCCGGGCAAACAAUGAAAAGGUGUUAGUGACAGGUCAUGUACCCCCAGGAAUGGCCCCACCUCUUGGAACACGAUGGAUGUAUGAGGAAUUCCAUAAAAAGUUUAAUAAUAUCCUGCUCAAAUACAGUGAUGUUAUCACAGGACUGCACUUUGGUCAUGAACAUAAUGACAAUUUACGGGUAUUUUACGACGAGAAAGAUAAACCCGUACUUUCCCUUUUUAUGGCACCUUCCGUUACACCAUGGAGAUUCAAGAUACCAGGAGUAACUGGAAAAGCUCACAACCCUGGAUUCCGCAUGAUUAAAUACGACCAAUCAACAGGCAGAUAUUUAGAUCUGAUUCAAUACUACAUGGAUCUUCCGGAAAGCAAUCGUUUGCAAAACCCCGUAUGGAAAACGGAAUACACAGCCACAACAGACAUGUCUAUUCCAGAUAUUACUCCUGGUUCUAUUGAUCGUUUUAUCAAACGGAUGGCAGAUCCAGAUGGAGAAGAAUUUAAGAAGUUUUAUAGGUGGCGCUUUUUGAGUGCGGAUCAUUCUUCUAUAGGCGAAUGUGAUCGAUCUUGUCAUGCAAUCAUGCACUGUAAUUUCGUACACUCAUCCAAGUCAAAGUACGAUUUUUGUGUUGCGGGACUGACAAGUGGGGGGAAUAGUGUUCUCCAAGUCGUCAGCUUUCUCAAUAUUUUGUACAUAAUUCUGUAUUUGGUUCCUUAGUGAACAGUUAUAUUUCAGUUUUAAGAAUGUAUGUAGCAUUUUGCUAGAUAAAUUGAAUAAAACUUUUCAAUUUUGGUCUUUCAA